AUGCUCUCGUCCGCCUCCUCCUCCACUUCUUCCACUUCUUCCACAUUUUCUGGAGAAACGAAACCGAGUUUAGAUAAUUUACCUGAUGAUGUAUUGGGUAUAAUUUUCCGACAAUUGGAUUUGGAUGAAUUGAUAAGACUGAAACUCGUUGGAAAAGGGAUAUCUCAUCGGGUAACAUCACUUGGAAUACCUUUAUACUUAUCUAACCAUCGUCAAUCGCAUCGCACGCUUUAUCCUCUUUGUUCAUAUUGGAAUCCAGAAUAUCUAGUGAGACAUAAUCAUUAUAUAAACCAAUCAUUGAAUCAACAUCGUUUUCAUGCAUUACAAAUAGGUCCAACAUGGACUCAAGCAGUUAUACCUACACUUACAUUGACUUCUGAUAAUCUCAUCAUUGGAGUAGGUGGCAAAAUACUAUCGCAUCCUUUGAUCUCACCUCUUGAGGAAUAUGGAGGGAAGACGAUUGGGCCUUCAAGGGAAUAUCCAAUUGGGAAAAGAGGUUCUGGAGGUAGAGCAGAUGUUAUUGGUAUAAUACCAUUUCAAAAUCAUAAUCAAAACGAAAACGAAUUUAUCGUUGGUCAGUUCGAUGGAACGAUUCAAAGGAUCAUAUUACCUUCUUCAGGUCCAUCAAUACCUAAAAUCACAGCCAAGUACAACACCGCCGCAUCCUCUUCAUUCAAACAACAAGAAUCAAUUCAUACAAUCGUAGGAAAUGAGAAUGGUGAUAGAUUCAUGACUACUAGUACAUCAGGAAAAGCUGAUAUAUAUCAAACUAAAUCACCUUGGAUAGAACCUUUUUCAAUUCAAUUAAAAUCUUCCAGAGCAUGGUCAUCACUCCUUACUACAGAGAACCAAUCCAUAGGUGCAAAAGCAAUGAUUGGUGUACAGGGUUCUAUAGAACUAUACGAUUUACUUCCAAGUGGAAUAUCAUCUAAUCCAUCUAGAAAAUUAAUUGGUCCUGAAGAGCCUUUAUUGUCUUCACCAUAUGAUAUACAUCUACCUUCUCAAGACUCUUCUUCUUCUUCUUCAUCGUCCCCGUUUUCAUUAAGGAAUACAAUAUUAAGUGGUUGGUACGAUUCACAUAUACGUUUACAUGAUAUACGAUCUUCAUCGAAUUUACCAAUAUUGAAUUUCUCAGAUCCUUUCACAUGGGCAGAUGGAUCUGCUUUUUAUUCAACUUGCUUCAUGGGUGAAUAUUAUAUAGCUGGAGGUGGAUCAAAACAUGGUACAGUAUCAUUCUUUGAUAUUCGUUAUCCAAAUUUUUCCAAGAACCCUUCAAACCCAAGCUCAAAAAAAUCAAAGUCAAAAAUUGGUUGGUCGUGUUUUUCACCAGGAGGUAAAAAUUCACCAGUAUAUAAACUACAAAGUGACGGAGGAAAAUUAUGGGGUGUAACUGAACGUAGAAGCUUUGUACUCUCAUUUGACACGUCCGGAAACUCUAAAAAUGGUAUCUUAUCAAACGAAUUGGAAUCGAGAGAAAAAUCUCAUGUUAGAGAUAGGGAUAAAGGUAGAUAUGUACCUGGUGGAUGGAAAGGUAGAGGUGGAAAAUGGAAUUGGACUGUUAGGUAUGAUCAAGAUGAGGCUAGAGGUGCUGUUGGUUAUGAACAUAGAGAUAGAGGUGUAGAACUGUUCGAUUCGUUGAUUGCUGUGUGA